CACAUCAAGUCUGAAUUACUGUAUUACCAGAUGAUGAUGAUGAUGAUGAUGAUGAUGAUGAUACUCGGAGCUGUUCGAAUGUCAAACUUUUAGUGAUGUGCCACAGUAGUCUAGUCGAUUAGUGGGGUCGACUACUAACAUGAAUAUUUUUAGUGUUGUUGGCACUUCUCGGAGAGCGUUAUUGAGUGAUGAUAGCUUGCUGUGUUUAAAGGCCGAAACAUACUUCACGCGAAUGCAGACGCAAGCGCUUGGCCAAUGCAUGGCCUGCAUGCGCUCUUGCAUUGCUCUGGCGGUUACAAACCUCACACCACAAGGGGGCGAUAGAGGUUUUUUUUAGGCGCCACGAAACCGGAUGUAGUGGAAACAUGACAGAUUUGAGGUGGAUUAGUAAUAAAGGCACAGUGAUAACUUUAAAUUUCUACCUAAAAUAAACAACUUUCAUCAUUAGAUAUGUAUUCUUUAUAACACUUCUUGAUCUUUAACCUUGCAGUCAAUGCAAAUAGUGUGCGUGCGUGCCUGUGCGUGCGCUAGGGGUAUUCAUUGAAGUUUGCUUUUAAUAACAAUAAUAAAACGUUGUUAUGAUCGGUCACAUUAAAACAACAUUACCGAAUCACGAAAAUUUUACUCUGUGGUCCGACGUUUUAUGAAGUCAAAAAGCCGUCCCAACAUGUCCAAAAUGACUGGAUAUCCAUAGCUAGUUGGCGGCAUCUCUGAUGCAGAUGCCUUUCCAUUUCUUCCUGGCUCGGACAAAUCAGUCCCAUAGUUGUUUCCAUUUUCUCUUUACAGUGUCGUUAUCAGAAUUUAGGGAAGCUACAGUUUCUUGCCAAGCAUUUUCAAUCGCUGUUUUAUUCAAAUGGUGAGGGGACGAGGGGUCGUAAAUAUGUUUGAAUAACUUGUUCGCCAUAACAGUUGUUGACUGAAAACAGAAAAUCCGUUCUAGCUCCCCUUGUAGCAAUGCUGAGAAUGCAGCGCAUACUUGCGUUGGUUAUGAAUUGAGCGCUGAUACAUUUCAAUACGCAACGACGUGUGGAAUCGAGCUCGUGUAGCGAGGUGCAUCUGCAUUCACAUACUUGUGUGAAGUAUGUUUGGGACUUAACUGUGAAUAAUAGCACAGUUAAACCUUCUGCUAGAAGUUUCGUCUCUAAUGCUUUAAAUUUAGUCCAUUUACGCACCGCUGCUGUUUCAGCCAAUAAAGCACCACAUCAACAAUAUAUUAAGACGAUCACUGUCAGACGGUGAAUUCUCUACUGUGAAUAAUGUUCCUGUAUUUGUGAGGUGUUGUGGAGAGAUUAAAGUCUUUUGCUGAUUCUGUCUGACACUGCUUAAAUAGUUGAGGUAAAAAGGUUUAAACUGCUUGAUGUCGUGAACUAGAUGUUGUGCACCCGCAUCAUCAUCUUGCAGUUCUGCGCAUUUGAAUGUGCAGCGAGGAUGAUGUUGAUGCAAGAAGAUGCUAGUUGUUUAGUCUUUUUGUUGAAUAUCCAUUAGUUACCAUGUUGAAGUUCUGCGCUUAAGCCUAGCGUCCAUACAUCCCUCUGAACUGUCUCUGAUUGGAGUCAUGUGAACAUUACGAAGCCUAAUUAUGCAUAAAUAUCCUGAACACUGACUAGUCGACUGGUCGAUUAUGAAAAUUGAUAGUUUUGCUUAUCCCUACUAACUUUGCUGUUGUUGUUUAAUGUAUGUCUUUUGUUCUAGACAUUUUUAGAUAUUUCAAAACUAACCUGUGAGACGUUUUUAAAAUAAGAUACUAUCAGUAGUAAUAUCUUGGGUGGAUCAACUGCAUGCUUUUUGCCGGCUACACAUCCAAAAUAAGUUGAGAACUGUAUUCCCUUUUUUUUCUCCCAAUUUGGAAUGCCCAGUUCCCACUACUUAGUAGGUCCUCGUGGUGGUGCGGUUACUUGCCUCAAUCCGGGUGGCGGAGGACAAGUCUCAGUUGCCUCCGCUUCUGAGACCGUCAAUCCGCGCAUCUUAUCACGUGACUCGUUAUGCAUGACACUGUGGAGACUCACAGCAUGUGGAGGCUCAUGCUGCUCUCCGCGAUCCAUGCACAACUUACCACACACCCCAUUGAGAGCAAGAACCACUAAUCGCGACCACAAGGAGGUUACCCCAUGUGACUCUACCCUCCCUAGCAACCGGGCCAAUUUGGUUGCUUAGGAGACCUGGCUGGAGUCACUCAGCACGCCCUGAAUUCAAACUCACGACUCUAGGGGUGAUAGUCAGCAUCAACACUCGCUGAGCUACCCAGGCCCCCGAGAACUGUAUUCCUAAAUGACUUUAUUGCUGUUUAAUGCAUCAGUAAAAAAGACUAAUUACUUCAGCUUUACAUUGGCUCUCUUAGAUGCAUAAAAAGCAAAGCUGUUAUUCAUAUUUUGAAUAAAUCAAACAUAGAAGCAGCAAUGGACAUACACUAUAUUGCCAAAAGUAUUCGCUCACCCAUCCAAAUAAUUGAAUUCAGGUGUUCCAAUCACUUCCAUGGCCACAGGUGUAUAAAAUGAAGCACCUAGGCAUGCAGACUGCUUCUACAAACAUUUGUGAAAGAAUGGGCCGCUCUCAGGAGCUCAGUGAAUUCCAGCGUGGUACUGUGAUAGGAUGCCACCUGUGCAGUCCAGUCGUGAAAUUUCCUCGCUACUAAAUAUUCCACAGUCAACUGUCAGUGGUAUUAUAACAAAGUGGAAGCGAUUGGGAAUGACAGCAACUCAGCCACGAAGUGGUAGGCCACGUAAAAUGACAGAGCUGGGUCAGCGGAUGCUGAGGCGCAUAGUGCGCAGAGGUCGCCAACUUUCUGCAGAGUCAAUCGCUGCAGACCUCCAAAGUUCAUGUGGCCUUCAGAUUAGCUCAAGAACAGUGCGUAGAGAGCUUCAUGGAAUGGGUUUCCAUGGCCGAGCAGCUGCAUCCAAGCCAUACAUCACCAAUUGCAAUGCAAAGCGUCGGAUGCAGUGGUGUAAAGCACGCCGCCACUGGACUCUAGAGCAGUGGAGACGCGUUCUCUGGAGUGACGAAUCACGCUUCUCCAUCUGGCAAUCUGAUGGACGAGUCUGGGUUUGGCGGUUGCCAGGAGAACGGUACUUGUCUGACUGCAUUGUGCCAACUGUGAAGUUUGGUGGAGGGGGGAUUAUGGUGUGGGGUUGUUUUUCAGGAGCUGGGCUUGGCCCCUUAGUUCCAGUGAAAGGAACUCUGAGUGCUUCAGCAUACCAAGAGAUUUUGGACAAUUCCAUGCUCCCAACUUUGUGGGAACAGUUUGGGGAUGGCCCCUUCCUGUUCCAACAUGACUGCGCACCAGUGCACAAAGCAAGGUCCAUAAAGACAUGGAUGAGCGAGUUUGGUGUGGAAGAACUUGACUGGCCUGCACAGAGUCCUGACCUCAACCCGAUAGAGCACCUUUGGGAUGAAUUAGAGCGAAGACUGCGAGCCAGGCCUUCUCGUCCAACAUCAGUGUCUGAACUCACAAAUGCGCUUCUGGAAGAAUGGUCAAAAAUUCCCAUAAACACACUCCUAAACCUUGUGGAAAGCCUUCCCAGAAGAGUUGAAGCUGUUAUAGCUGCAAAGGGUGGGCCGACGUCAUAUUAAACCCUAUGGAUUAAGAAUGGGAUGUCACUUAAGUUCAUGUGCGCCUAAAGGCAGAUGAGCGAAUACUUUUGGCAAUAUAGUGUAUCUCUAAUUGGUUAAAAUGAUCAACCACUGAAAAAAACAUGUUAAAUAGAAAAUUAAAUGGGACAUUUUGAUGCAACAUGGGUAGACCUAUGGGCAGCUAACAUUGACAAUUUUCCUGAUUACUUAAUUGUGACAGCUGUAAUUGUAAUCUCGAUUAUUUAUUCAGUUACUUGUGCAUGACUAACUUGAAGAUACUUGGACGUUUUGUUCUACAGCAUAAACACAGUCAUACCUCAAAUGUGUAUUUUAAAGAUGCUGUUUUUUGUUUGUUUUUGUAUCUAUGUUGCCAGAUAAGGACUGCAGUAGUUUUCUGUUUCAUCAGGCAUGCACACUCACAUGCUUGUGUUAGUUGUAGUCCUUUAUUUAGUUAGCAACAUACUGUACAUUUUUAAAAAACACAGCUUCAAAAUUCAUGUUUGAGGCAUGGCUCUAUGUAAUUUAAAGCACCUUCACAUUGAAAAGUUUUGUCUAAAUUGAUUCCAUGGUAAAUUCCUUUACAGCGAUAAAGAUCCUUUAGUUAUGCUAAUGUUCAUCAGCUGGAUACAUGAUUAAUAUUUGGUUAACUGUGUGUGGUGUGUGUGUGUGUGUGUGUGUGUGUGUGUGUGUGUGUGUGUGUGUUUAAGAUGGGUUAUUUAGAGGCUAAGUUCAGGAUGUACAGUUAGUCAUUGUUUCCUGUCACUCUGACGGUUGUCUCCGAGCUUGACCCCGGGAUGACAUGGAAAAAAGUCCUGCUGAUCUCUGAACACAAGAAAUCAUUGACUUGGCUGACCGGUUGAUUACAGUCUACGUUUUGACUACAGCUGGAUCGUUUUGUCUGGCUUUUGUGUGUAGGCUGAGCAGUGAGCAAAAUCAGGGGUGUGGACGGGUGGAAAACAGGCCAUGUCACGGGUUCCCACACCCCCUCCUCCAGGGGAAAUGACAUCAGGACCUGUGGCAGAGAGCUGGUGUUAUACACAGGUAAAAGUGGUGAAGUUUUCUUACAUGUGGACCAUAAACAACUUCAGCUUUUGUCGGGAGGAGAUGGGAGAAGUCAUAAGGAGCUCAACCUUCUCUUCUGGCCCCAAUGACAAGAUGAAAUGGUGUUUGAGAGUGAACCCAAAGGGUCUGGAUGAUGAGAGUAAAGAUUAUCUCUCUCUCUACUUACUGCUUGUUAGUUGCCCAAAAAGCGAAGUGAGAGCAAAGUUCAAGUUUUCCUUACUGAACGCCAAAAGAGAGGAAACUAAAGCCAUGGAAAGCCAAAGAGCCUACCGCUUCGUCCAGGGGAAGGACUGGGGCUUCAAGAAGUUCAUCAGGCGAGAUUUUUUACUAGAUGAAGCAAAUGGACUUCUUCCAGAUGACAAGCUCACUUUGUUUUGUGAGGUGAGUGUGGUCCAGGACUCGGUAAACAUCUCUGGCCAGUCUAACACAAACAUGUUGAAGGUUCCAGAGUGUCAACUCUCAGAUGAUCUGGGUAACCUGUGGGAAGGCUCCAGGUUCACUGACUGCAGCUUGUUCGUGGGAGGGCAGGAGUUCAAAGCGCACAAAUCCAUACUGGCAGCGAGGUCGCCGGUUUUUAAUGCCAUGUUUGAACACAAAAUGGAGGAGAGUAAAAAGAACCGUGUAGACAUCAGUGAUGUGGAACCGGACGUGUUUAGGGAAAUGAUGGUAUUUAUUUACACUGGUAAAGCUCCUAACCUGGAGCAAAUGGCCGACAACCUGUUAGCUGCUGCAGACAAGUACGCUCUGGAAAGAUUAAAGGUAUUAUGUGAAGAGGCUCUCUGUAACAGUUUGUCUGUAGAGAACGUGGCCGACAUCCUCAUUCUGGCCGACCUGCACAGCGCAGAGCAGCUUAAAACACAAGCCAUAGACUUCAUUAAUAGAUGCAGCGUUCUCCGACAGUUGGGCUGUAAAGAUGGAAAGAACUGGAAUAGCAAUCAUGCAGCAGAUAUAAUGGAGACCGCUGGUUGGAAGGCGAUGAUUCAGUCCCAUCCUCACUUAGUGGCCGAGGCUUUUCGUGCUCUCGCAUCAGCUCAGUGCCCCCCAUUUGGUCCGCCUAGGAAACGACUGAAACAGUCCUGACCUUUGCCCUCACAGACUGCAUAGAACACAACACAUGAGGAGGCAACUUAUUCCCCUCCCUUUUGGCCCUUUUCUUCACUCAUUCGUCGCCCUCACUAGAGACACAAUGGAGGAACCACAGUGUUCUCGGCUAGCUCCAGAGGAAGAAGAAAUGGACUUUGCGGUGGUUGCGCUCAUGCCUCGUCCAACGAGUCAUUUAAAAAAUGGCCUUACAGGAUGUGCCCAUUUGUUCCCUUGUCUCUCGUGGCUAUGUGCCUGCUGCGACUGAUCCCAGACCUGUCUGGAUUGCACUAGCCCCCACAUAAUGCAGUAGUUUUAACAUGGUGGUGUUUAGAACCUUCUGUGUUACAUGUGCUCAAGGGGGGAGGGUUGCAUCGGUCAAAGUAUACACUCGUUAAACGUAUAACCACGCACAAGCAUCGAGCGCAAAUUUGUCUCCACUGACACUUUUUAAAGUGAUGAUUUUGCCCAUAUUGCUGGCAGAAUGUCUCGUAUGUUUAUCAUCAUUAAAAUCAGCGUAAGUAUUAACUGAGGUCGUGCUGUAGAAUACUUGGUGCGUUGUGAUGCAAUUCACAUUGAGUAUUACACAAAAACAGCUAAAGAUGUCGAUAUUUUGCACCAACUUAAAACUAUUUGGUAAAAAUGAAAAAUUGUUUACCGUGCUGUUUACAGAAUUUAUUUUCCCCUUUCUCGCACACUCUUAGUAGAAGUUGAGUUGACUUUCCAUUGUAAGUGUACUCGAUGGAACAGGAGAGUUCUUUGUGUUUGAAAAAUGUAUUGCGGUACAGAAGAACUUUGAUUUAUUGCUUUGGAAAUAAAAUGGAAAAGAAUG